AUGUCUUCACAUGAAUACAGUCUGCAUUUUCUUGUUAGUGAACUUGUACGAGCAUUAAAUGCGAAUUUAAAAGGUGUACAGCUUGCACCCGAAGCUAUUGUUGAUUUUUUUAGUAAAAACACAAAUCGACAAGCAAAUACUUAUACACCUGCUGAAUUAUCAGAUGCUAAACGUAAACUAUUUUUACAUACUUCAUCAGCCAAUGAAUUCGUCGAACUCUACGAUAGCUUAAAAGCACGACAUGUUCGCGAUUUAGAUUCAGUUGUAUUCAUGCUUUCCAGCAUCGUUGAUAAUCCUGAGAUACAAGAUUUACUCAAGCCACCUCGUUCAAAAUCAACAACUAUAACAAGUCCUCAACAAAGACGUUUUAAUAGCCAAACACGAACAACAACAACUAGUCCAACAUCGACAAUCAGUAAAAUUCACUCUACGAAUAUUUUAGCUGAAAUGAAAGAUACAUUACUGCGACCAUCAGCAACAGUAUCACAAGCAGGAUCGAUUAUUUCUGAGAAUGAUAUUCGUCGUCGAGUAAUGACACCAUCAUCAUCACUGGAAUUUCUUGGACGGCCAGCAUGGUUUACUGAACGACUCCGACUUGUAUGGGAUUUUUAUCCGACACCUGAGAAAUUUGAACCAGAUGUUGCUAUCGGACGUCUUUCAGUUAUUGAACAAGAAGCAAUUAUCGUUGAAGAUCUUCUUUUAUGUAUGCUAGGUGUUGAAGGAAAAUUUAUAAAAACACCUUCAUUAACAGAUAAACAAGCUCAACGUUCAUUCCAUAUUGAUCGAUCAUUAGAUCCAACUUUAAGGGAUUUAGCAAGACGAAUGGUACCUUUAUGUUCGAAUCAUUCAUUAAUUGUCAGAUUUAUUGAAGAUCGUUUACAGUAUAAAUAUGGUUUAAUCAAUCAUGCUCUUGCUGGAGCAUUAAGAGAAGUUGUUCAACGAUACUACGUAUUUGUCAGUCAACUUGAAACACAACAACAGCAAAGUCAAUUGACAUUACAAACAUUAUGGUUUCAUACGGAACCUGUUAUGGAAAUGAUGGAAGUGAUAGCGAAUAUUGUUAGAACAUUGAAUAAGGGUAAUACAACUGGACGUGCAGUACUCGAUCUUCUCCAUGAGCAAACUCUUAAAUUAUCCGGCCAUAAACAAGCUUAUGAUAUUUGUUUUUUUCUUGCCAAAUCUUCUUAUAAACCAUAUUUAACAAUGCUUGAAACAUGGAUUCAUAAUGGCCUAAUCGAUGAUCCCUAUGGCGAAUUUAUGGUACAAGAAAAUAAAGAUAUAAUUCAUCAUGAAAGUAGUCUUGAACAAGAAUUCAAUGAUAAAUUUUGGUCACGUCGUUAUAUAUUGCAACGUAAUAAUACGCCCAUAUUAUUUCAGUCAACGUCAGAUAUGAUUUUAAAUACUGGUAAAUAUCUAAAUGCUAUACGCGAAAGUGCAUUUGAUUUUCACGAUGAUACAAGCAUCGAUAUGUCAACAUCGAUGUUACAUAUUGAUAAACAAUUAUUAAUGAAUGAUCAUAAAAAAUUAGAAUAUACAAUACAUGAAAAAGAUCUCGAUGAAACACUUGAACAAGCAUAUAAAUAUGCAAGUGAAAUUCUAUUGGAUUUAAUAAUAAAUAAAUAUCAUUUGAUUGAACGUUUUCACACAUUAAAACAUUACUUUUUAAUCGAUAAAGGCGACUAUAUUGUACAAUUUAUGGAUUCAGCUGAAGACGAAUUAACAAAACGAGCGCGAGAUAUUGAUGAAAAUAAAAUACAAUCAUUACUUGACGUAUCAUUGGCUAUAACAUCCGAUGAUCAAUAUAAAGAUGAUGUACGAAUAAAAAUGUUUCAUUAUGAUCUUAUAUCAAUGCUUGAACGUGUACUUAAUAUUGAAUCGUCGUCGACUUUAAAUGACACAGUUGAAUUAAAAUUAACUGGUUUAGAAUCAUUUUCGCUUGAUUACGAUGUUAAAUGGCCGAUAUCAUUAGUUAUUAAUAGAAAUUGUUUAACAAGAUAUCAAAUGCUUUUUAGAUUUUUAUUUUAUAUUAAAUAUAUCGAACGUUUACUAUGCAAUGUGUGGCGUGCACAUAAAAAUGGUGGUCGAAGACGACGACGAGGUCGUGAUAGAAAAAGAAUGAUUACAAAACCCAACGGUGCUGCUUAUCUGCGACAUAAAAUGCUUCAUUUUGUACAAAAUCUUUUAUAUUAUAUGAGUUUUGAAGUUAUUGAAGCACAUUGGCAUACAUUUGAAAAUAAUUUAAAAAAGGUAACAAAUAUUGAUGAACUACUCCAAUAUCAUUUAUUGUUUCUUGAUAAUUGUUUACGUGAUUGUAUGUUGACCAGUGUACAUCUAUUGCGACAUAUUCAUAAAAUUAUGGCAACAUGUGUUAUGUUUGCUAAUGCUAUGGAUAAUGUUGAUGAUGAUGAUGAUUUUGAUAGUUUACCAGGCGCAGUUGUUGUUAGUUUUAAUAGCAAUUUUACUGAACAAUUACGGCAAUUACUUGAUGCUAUUUCAAAAGAAGAUGGACCAGUACAAGGAUCGACUGGUGGUGGACAACAGCAUACAUUAACCAAUAUUAUUCAUAGAAUCAACUUCAACAAUCAAUACUGUUAA